UUCCCAACCACCUUCCACUACUACUGGUGGCGCCACUACCAUCUCCGCCACUCCCGCCGCCUCGAUUUCAAAUCUUUUUAUUUCAUUUUGUGAAAUCCGGCGCUGAUUUACUUUGUUUUGCUGUUGAUGGUGCAGAAAAUGGUGGCUCUGAAGAAGGCGUACGCGGAGAUAAUUCUGAACACGGCGAAAGAGGCGGCGGCGAGAGUAAUGGCGUCGGAGCGCAACGCUCUUCGGUACCAGCACGAUCUGCAAUUUACGAAAGGCGAAGCGCUUCGCGUGCUUUGCCGCUUAAAGCAAAUGCUCGAUUCCAAGGUUCCCCCCUUUGUGAUGUUUGGUGGUUUAUACUGGCAUCGUCUGGUGUUGCUUGAAGACUAGUGACGCGGAGAUAACAUCUUUGAGCCAACAACGAAAGAUUGAAGAGGUUGAAGCGCAGCUCCAAGAGGCGGAGGAUAUCAUAACUGAUCUGAGAUCAGAAUUAAAACAAGUAUGGAGUGAAUUGGAGAGGCUAAAUAACAACCAAGUGAAGCCUUUGGACGAACAAAUCAUGAGGGAAGAUACAUCAUUUUCUGACAAUCCGACACCUGAGCCCAUCAUACUAUCUCCUUCAGGUUCAGGACAUGAAACUGUUCCAACUUCAGGCCCAAUGAACAUCGAAGUAAAUAGAGGUAUUGAGCAUAAGUUCUUUAAUGAAAUGAAACAAAGUGAGCAGUUAAGUGUUCCUGAAUUGGAUAAAUUUUAUGCCCCUGACUCUGACCUUGCCUCAAUAAUCAUGAGCCGUAAGGAGCCAGAGCUGCUCAGAAAUGGGUGUACACAGAGAAUCCGUGCAUUUGAAAGAAGCUUAAUUGAUGAGAAAGUGCUGCCUUCUGGAUACGUAGACAAUCACAAUUCCCCCGGGAAGAAUGAGUUGGUCAUCAAAGAAAUUGACGAGGAAGAAAGGUGUAAUUUGCCCUCUUUUAGCGACAACAGCAUGGAAGUAGUUAAUGGGUUAUCUGUGGGAAAAACCAAAAGUCAUGCUAAAGUACACACAUUACGCAGAAGAAAGACUCGAUUUGGGAAAUCCAAAACUUCACGCCGAUGUCGUCCUAGUGAGCUCGUGAAAUCUCACCAACCAAAUUUUGUUCAAUCUCAUUGCAGAAUAUAUUCUCUGAAUGGAAAUGAUGGAUCCCCUAAAGAAGCUUGCAUCCUGCCCUCUAUCAAGACCGAGAAUGUAGCCAUGACAAGAAGUUCCAGUGAGUUGGAAGAAAGUUUGCAGCAUAGUAGCUGCUAUUUCAUGGACAUAGUUAAGAAUAUUCCGAAGGGAAAAAGAAAAAGGAAAAUGAAAAGUAAGGAUGGCAUUACAACCUCACUCACGAGUACUGAUCAGCCGUCUUCUGUUCUUUCCCGCUGCAGGACUUUUGCAUAUUUACAUCAUGGUGGUUUGAAAUCUUGGGAAGAUAAACCAAACACAACUGAAAAUGAGGCUAAGAUGAAGCCAUUGCCUCGUCUGGAUCCUGGGUUGACAUUAAUUGGAAGUCAUGUGGAUCCUAUAUCAGGGUCAGCUAGUGUCAAUGUGAGCAUGAAGGGGAUCAAUAGAUCUGGAGCUGUCCAAGAUGCAGCAGACAAGGACAUGGAGUUGAUAGAUGUGCCUGUGUUGAUGACGGAAAGUGAUGCUAUGGAGAAUUCAGAGGCUCCGAGUUCUGCACUCAACCUUGGUUCUGCUGAUGUAUCACUAAUGAACUCUGAGUUAAAAACUGUCAAAGUAUCAUUGAUGAAUUCUGAAUUAAUACAUGUGAAUGCAUCAUUGAUGAAAUCUGAAUUAAAAGAUACAAGUGCAUCAUUGAUGAGUACUGAAUUAAAAGACGCGAGAGCAUCAGAACAAUCAAAUGGUUCUCCUAGUCUUGUGGACAACAGCAGACUUCUCAAGUACACUUUCCAGAGGAAGCGCAAGAAUUCCUCAAGAAACCCUGGUGAAACUGCUGCCUUUGAAGAGAACACUGCUAAGAGGAGGACGGAAGAGAAAGAAUGUGUUGCACAACAGCCACAAACGACAAAUGAAUUAUCUAGGGACAGCCGGCGACUAGCUCAGGUUGCUCGACAGCUCAUAUCGUUGUCUGGGAAGAGAUGGGAUUAACAACCCCCGAUCAGAGGUAGUUUUCGAAAGAGAGAUGGCAAGAGAGAGAUUUAUAAAUCUGCAGUAAUAUCCGUUCAUUUCUGUUAGUUUUCUAAUUUGCAUUUGAAUGCUAUUUUACAAAUCCAAUACCGGUGCCAAAGCUAACAGGUGACAAAUUCAAUUCCUGUCAAAACUUCCCCUAAGAUGUCUUAUUUAGGUCAGUUUGGCAAAAGGCAGGUGUGUCCGCCUGCUUGCACCCAAAUCAAUCCCUCGUAGAUUAGACUAGUUUAGAUUUAGAAUAUCACAUUUCAAGCCAAAAGAAUAAUAACCAGUUCAUAGCUGUCUAGUUUCUGAAAA